AUGGCCGAGACCACGGCGGAGCCUGCGCCGGCGGCCCCGGCAGCAGCCCCGGCGAACGAUCUGGACGAGGAGAGCCACUACUUUGACUUUGGCACAUUCUACAAGAAGCCCGAGUUCUGUGAUCGGGCAUUCAAACUCGUCAUCCUGGAUAUGAGAGCAAAACGGGCGGUCCAGCCCUGCGCCCCUCCAAAAAGGGCAUUCGAGCAAAGGAGAAGGAAGCAGAGGGCGAGGAGGUCCCGGUGA